AAGAAUGCUUUUUUGAAUGGUGAUCUCCACGCGGAAGUUUAUAUGACUCCUCCCCCAGGUAUUGACCACCAGCCAGGUGAAGUUUGUCGACUUCGAAAAGCUUUAUAUGGUCUCAAACAAGCCCCUCGUGCUUGGUUUGAGAAAUUCUCCACUGUUAUUACUUCCCUUGGAUUUGUCCCGAGUAACCAUGAUUCAGCAUUGUUUGUUAGAUGUACAAGUGCAGGGCGAAUUCUAUUGUCCUUAUAUGUAGAUGAUAUGAUUAUUACUGGUGAUGAUCAUAGUGGUAUUGAGUUAUUGAAGCAUGAUUUGGCUCAUCGAUUUGCAAUGAAGGACUUGGGCUUGCUGCGUUAUUUUCUGGGUAUUGAGGUGGCUCAGUCUAAGAAAGGGUAUCUUCUUUCUCAGACUAAGUAUAUAUCUGACUUGUUUACACGGGCGCGUCUUUCUGACAACAGGACUGUAGAUACUCCCCUUGAAAUCAAUGCACGUUACUCUCCUAGUGAUGGUGUUCCAUUAUCAGAUCCGAGUCUUUAUCGGACUAUUGUGGGUAGUUUGGUUUACCUUACGGUUACUCGUCCAGAUAUAGCACAUGCAGUUCAUGUUGUUAGCCAGUUUGUUACUGCUCCUACUUCUGUGCACUGGGGAGCUGUACUUCGUAUUCUAAGGUAUCUUCGUGGCACUCAGUUUCAGAAUCUCUUGUUUCCCUCGACGUCAUCUCUCGAGUUGCGAGCCUAUAGUGAUGCUGAUUGGGAUGGAGAUCGCAAUGAUCGUAAAUCCACCACUGGUUUUUGUGUGUUUCUUGGAGACUCUUUAAUCUCGUGGAAGAGCAAGAAACAAGAUGUUGUCUCUAGAUCUUCCACGGAGGCUGAGUAUCGUGCUAUGGCUGUGACUACAUGUGAGAUUAUUUGGUUACGUUGGCUUCUUGCAGAUAUGGGGGUUCACAUUUCUAUGCCUACUCCCCUGCAUUGUGAUAACAAAAGUGCGGUACAAAUUGCAAAGAAUUCUGUCUUCCAUGAGCGUACGAAGCACAUUUUUGUGAUUGUCUCUCUUACUAGUUCGGGUUUGGCCUUCUAUGGAGGUUAUAAGCUCUUCACAGGAGGAAAGAAAGAGAAGAAGGAAGAGAAAUGA